AUGUCAAGACAAACUCGCUCUGCCGCCAAGAAGCUAACCCGUAUCCAACUCUCAACAACUCCAAUUAAUCCUCCACCCCACUCUACCGCAUCAUCACCGUUACAAACCCGCCUCUUCGCCAACCCGCAAGAAUGGGAACUCUAUCUCACCGACAACCACCCCACAAACCCUUCAGGCCUCUGGCUCAAAAUCGCCAAAAAAUCAUCCCCAGUCCCCUCAAUAACAUACGACCAAGCCCUCGACACAGCCCUCUGUCACGGCUGGAUUGACGGCCAGCGCAAAGCCCUCGAUGAAACACACUUCAUCCAGCGCUUCACGCCGCGUCGAAAAGGAAGUUUGUGGUCGCAGCGUAAUGUGAAAAAGGUUGCUACGCUUAUCAGCGAGGGGAGGAUGAAACCUGCUGGGCAAGCUGAGAUUGACGCGGCCAGGGAGGAUGGACGGUGGGAGAGGGCGUAUUCGUCUAGUAGUAACGCGUCUGUGCCUGAUGAUUUUCAAAAGGCGUUGGAUGAGAACAAAGCAGCGGGGGAUUUCUUUGCGGGGUUGGGAAAGACAAAGAAGUACGCUUUUAUUCAACGGUUGGAGACUGCGAAAAAGCCGGAGAUGAGAACAAAGAGGAUCGAACAGUUUGUGACGCUUCUUGCGAGCGAGAAGAGUUUGUAA